AUGUCCGAAGAACUUCAGGAUGAAGUUGAAGCAAUUAAUUCCAUCUACGGCGACGGCAGCCUCGUCCCGACAGAAGACGACUCCUCUGUAUUUAUUCUCAGACUGCCAGGCGAUGCAUCCUCUCUGCGUCUGAAAUUCCCGUCUAAUUACCCGUCUAAGCCCCCCAGUGCCCUCAGUACACACCACAGUUCCGGUGGUGUCAAAGGCGCUGGUGCUCGUGAUCUGGCACUCUUCCGAGACGCUCUGGGCGAAGUAUUUCAAGAGGGCCUGGUCUGUCUAUUCGAUGCCGUGGAGGAGUUCACACGGCGUGCGGAGGAGCAGAAACCAGAGCCUGAAAGUGAGGCCCCAGCUCCUUCGACACCUGAAGAAGAAGACUAUGAGCAACCAGACUUUCCUCCUCCGGAAUGGGUUCUAUCCGAUCUUGUGACAGAGUCAAAAUCAACAUUCUUAGCACAUGUCGCACGAGUGGCUUCACCUGAUCAGGCUCGAUACUACGUCCAACUUUUGCUCUCAUCAGACAAACGCAUACGCGGCGCCACGCACAACAUGACAGCAUGGCGGAUCCGUGGGCUCGGGGCUACUAGCUUCCAGGACUGCGAUGAUGAUGGCGAGACAGCUGCCGGUGGAAGGAUGUUGCAUCUGAUGCAGGUCAUGGAUAUCUGGGAUGCCAUGGUGGUGGUGACGAGGUGGUACGGCGGUGUUCAGCUAGGACCUAGAAGGUUUGCGCUCAUCAAUGCCGUAGCUAGAGACGGGUUUGUAAAGUCCGGGUUGGUAAAAGAAGAGAAGCAGGAGAAGAAGAAGGGGAAGUGA